ACCGCGACGAGGACGGGGGGCGGGCGGCGGAGGAGCCCCGAGCAGCGGGACCUCCCCUCUCCUCCCGGCGGGCUGGCCCGGCCCGGGCUGGGCCUGGAUGGCGGCAGCCGGGGGCUGCCUGCGGACGGUGGGUCUGCAGUUCUGGGCUCGGUCCCUGCAGGCGUUGCCCGCCCUUCUGGCCCCCGCCGUGCUGCUGGGGCUGCUGCUGGGCGCCGCCGCUGCUGCCCUGCUCUACCGCUGUGCGCUUGGGCCGUGCCGGCGGAGAGAGAAGGAUGAUUCCCAGACGCUUCUGGAAAGCUUUGACUCUGAUGAAAAAGAGCACACACUCAUGAAAAGUACAUCAAAAGAGGAAAUGGUGCUGGAGGAAAGUGAGUCUCCUCUGAACAGUAACAUCACAGCAUUUGCAUUAAAGGCAAAAGUGAUCUAUCCCAUCAAUCAGAAAUUCAGGCCUUUGGCAGAUGGUUCAUCCAACCCAUCUUUACAUGAAAACCCAAAGCAGGCAGUUCUGCCUAAUCAGGUCAUGGAGACAUCUACAUCAGGCAGCCUGGGAUCCCUAAGUCAGGGAGACAAGGAGGACUGCAGUUCCUCUACAACAAUACAUUCCACAACAAGUGAUGACAGAUUUCAGGCUCGAGCCUUCCUCAAGGUGACCAGCUUCCCUGAAGUGCUAACAUGUGAGAGUUUUGAUGUUAAGCUCUGCCUUUGCAGUCUUAUUUUAAAGGAUCUCAUGCUUCUUGAUACUGAACUCAGAAAACAAAAACACAUGAUGUUUACUCAGGUUCUCAAAAUAUACCUCACAGACUUUCAUCAUAAAAAGAAGAUUACUGAUGACUUGUUCAAGAAGAUCCUUUUAAUUCAGGAAAAUGAUUUUGAAGAACUGCAGAAACAACUUGACUCUCGACUCCAGAGUACUGAGAUGUCAGGAGCCCAUAACUCAGAGUACCAGACUCUAGAAGACUUAGAAAGGAAAGAAAAGGAAUAUUCUGAGCACAUAAUAGAUCAUAUGGAAGCUUUCUGGAAGCAGACUGACAAAGCCCAGCAGGCUUUUUUGGACCAAUCAAAAUGUUCAAGUGCCAAAGCAACAAAGAUAAUGAUGGAUCUGACUGAGAAGAUGAUUGCAGUAGAAAACUUAUUAAGUGAAUCUCAAGAUUUGCAGGCAAUGGACAUUCAGGAAAGGUUAUUCAACUGGGAGCUUAUGGUGAAAAUGAUUGAUUCACUGAAGUCCUAUAUACCAGAAGAGUGCAAGUGUAGAUUAAAUACUGUAUCAAAUAUUCUGGAUCAAUUGACGGUAAAGAAUAAUCUCUCAGUCCGACAAAAGGAAGAACUUCUAACAGAUCUGCACAAAGCCUUCUGGGAACAGCUGGCACAUUUCAGUAAUGAAUGUAUCCAGCAAAGUAAGGACCUGAUCUUGAAAGAACUAGAGUGCCGUGAAAAGAAGAGACAAGAGUUCAAAGAUAGACAGAAAGCUGAACAAGAGAAUCUCCUCAGUAAAACUUUUCAUAAUGAAGAUAUUAAUGAUUUCCUUAAGGCUUACCAUGAGCUGUUAGAGAAGAAUCGUCAAGCACAGUGGGAACUGGAGGACGAGGAUGACUGUGAGAGUACAGAGGCUGUUGCAGAUCUGUACAAGGAGCUGUACUCAAAAGCUUCCCAUGCUUUGGAGGAGUUGGUGAUGGAGCUGUUUCUUCAGACCCUGCCUGUUGUGACUGGCCUCUCUAUAAGAGAAUGUGAGCUUCUGAAAGAGGAAUGGCAGGAGAACUUGGUCCCUCAGCUGGAGAAAUGGGAGACCCACCGCCAGAGACGCUGGAAGCUUUUCCAGGAACAGCUAUUGCAAGAAAAAGAACUGUGGAUAAAGGAAUAUACUGUGUCUGCUGUGAUGCAGAAACACCUGUCUGAGAAACAAGAGAAGAUAAUUCAAGGUGUCGUAAGCAGACUAGGAUGCCUCGGUGAUGGGUCUGUUAACUACAUAUUGCAAAAACACCGACUGCUGCUGUGUUCAGUACUCAGAUGGUUAACCCUCCGAAGAGUUGGAAUGGCCGCACUGGCCCGCAUGAAACUGUCCAGAAAGAAGAGCUUGCUUCAGGAGCUGAGAGAGCAACAUACCCUGCAGAAGGGAUCCUCCCUGUGUCAAGAUGAGGACCAGUGGCAGUUACAGAAGGCAGUGGAGUCCCACAUUCUGGAAGAGGAGGAGAAGCUCGAGGAAGAAACACAGCAAACCCACUUAGAAUUUCACCAGCAGCUAGUCACAGAAAUCAAAGAAGCUCUUCAGUUUCUUCAGCAGCACAUGGAGCAGGUGAUUGGGCAGACACUGCUGCAGCAUGCCAGACAGGAAGCUGGAAAAAAGAAUUCAGAUGAUGGACAGGACUUCAAGGAGAGACUGGUGGAAGCUGCUGUAGAAAGCGUUUAUGGGACCAGCAAUAAUGUCAGCAGGUUGGUGCAAAACUACUAUCAGCAACUGGGAAAAAUCACAGAAGGCUAUGAAGGGAAAAAGCUUCAACAGUUGAAAUCUUUACAAGCAGAAAGAGGUGAAAGGAACAGACUUAGGAAGAAACAAGAGAUUGAACUGGCGUUGAAAGAAGAACUGACCCAAGGCCUCCUGAACGUGUCAUCCACAGUCCAUCAAAGGAUGGUGCUGCAGCAAAAGAAGGUUUUGGCUCAGUUUGAACUGCAGCAGCAAAUUCGUCUGGAGUCUUUGAAACAGAAAUUUCUGGGACUGCAUCACCUAGAAACUGAGUUGGAGAAUCAGCUAAAGGAAGCAGAGCAAGACUUCAUAAGCGAGCUGGCUGCGCUGGCCCGAGUUCCCAUGGCUGUGAAGAAGCAGCCUUCCAAGAGGAGCAAGGCAGCAGGGGAUAAAAGAAACUCAGAAAGAAAGACCUUUCACUCACCAGAAUCAGCAGACAAAAGUGAUUCUCAUGAAAACCUUCAAGAGGCCCCUGGACUGACUUCUGGCUUAUGCAGAGAGAGGUUACAAAGUCCACAUGAAGAGGAGGCUGAACCAAGGAAAAACUCAAAGAUGCUAAAAAAAAGAGGCAACAGGUAGUAAAAGCUUUUAUGUGAGCUGUCUGGACAGAGAGUACCAAAGCAUUCUUCUGGGGAAUCUCAGCAGCUAUAAAUACUGAGGAACAACGAAGAACAUCAAUAAUAACCGAGAAAUCUCGUUUAGCUACAGACCAAGAAUCGAUCUUGACUUCCUUUAGCUGUUAAUAAAACAUUCCCACUUGAUUUUGGUAAGGGGAAGCAAGGAAGUCUUUAAUGUAAGCUCUUCCAAACAGCUUGAGGAGUGUGGUGGGGAGAUAGUUUUAGAUUAGGAAUAUACCUUGGAAAGUGGGCCUUAUGGAAGAACAGAUCCACACUAGGCUGGUUGCCCAGCUUGAUGCAUCUCAGUAAGGUUUCAUUGCAGCAGUGAUGCAUCAGUUGAUUUUGAGCCCUAACUAUGGUUGAUCAAGUCUUAAUACUUUGUGAUUACUGCUUUGAACCAACAAAAAUAGGAAUUUAAAGAAUGCAUAAACAGACUUCAGAGGGCAUUGGGACAUCAAAAGAGUACAUUUUGACUCUCUUUUGAUAUAUUUUAGUGCUUCCAAGGCUAUGGGCACGUGAAAAUUUGUACAAAGACUUUUAGAAAUAUACUUCCUAUUUUUGCCUCAGAUUUCAAAUUAGACUUCUUUAGGAAGAAUGGGACAAAACCUC